UAAAAACCUCCGACGGUUCUCCCGUCGCUUGGUAACACGUAGAAACAGAUGGCGCUGCAGUUGAAGUGAAUACGUUUUUAUAAGUGUUGUUCAAGAUGAGACUAUUUUGGUGACACUCUAUCAGGAAGGCAAAUAGCUCAUCUUCUUAAGGUUAGGCGUUUCUUCUGGAUUACGAUGUUCGCUAAUGGUUUCUUCGACUGAUCUGACGUUCUAUUUAGCUGGCUUGCUAGCUAGCUAGCUCCCAGACAACGCAAGACUCAGUGUCAAGCUACGGUCACUAAGCUUUAAUGUGUUCAACUUAGUUUUGCAUAAUGGGCGACGAACAUUUUAACACUACUCUUGCAUACACAAAAAGUCCCCAAACAUCCAGAAGAACUACUUUCCAGGAAGAGUUGGAAUCAGCUGUCUCUGCGAGGGCUAGUCGACAUAAACCAGCUGACAGUAACGCCUACUCUGAUGACUUUGAUGAUGAUGAAGAUGACAUACUCAGUGAGCUGCUUAAGACGAGGAAAAAGAAGAUCGACAUGUUUAAGACCAGAAGAACGAAAGCUAAGAUAAACGACUUCCAACUGUCAGAUGAUGAGGAGGAAAAUGUCAAACCCAAGAAAGUGUCCUUCAUGAAGACCAAAAGGAAAAGUUCACCUGUGCAGGACGUGCUAGCUGACUCCGGGAAAACUGACACCACUAGCAGUGCAGAAAGUCCAGGAUCUUUCCUUUCCUACAGAGGCAGUAACACUCAACAAAGUACACAAGAGCUUCCAACUCCAGAGAAAGAGCAUCAAGAUACGUUAUUUGCCUCACAGACAGAAUCACAAGCAGCAUGGAUGAGCCAGAUGGAGUUACCCCUAGGAAGGAAAAACCAAUCAGAAUCAUACACAUCUAGGAAGAGCCUGUCAGAAUCUCCCUUGCCUCUGAAUUCGGAAAAUAGCCAGUGGGAGCACCUGUCAGAGGGUUCACUAUUGGACCUUCCACUGCUCUUGUCCUCAGCAAAAGGAGAGGGUACGAUUCAAGCGGUUGUUGGAGGGAAUGGGGAGUCUCCUAUUCCACAGCCCAGAGAAAGGAGCGGCAAGCAAAUAUCCCUGAGAGGUUUAUCAGAGGAAAAGCCUCCAAGACCCAUGCCCAGGCAGAGGACAUCUCACGUGUGCAGCAGUGGCUGCGACGAAGGGGAUGGGCUAACAGCAGAAGCAUCAUGUAGUAAAGCUGUUUCCUGUUCCACAUCCAUUACCCUGUCCCCCUUGGAGACAGCAUGGGCUGCUGGAAGCAACUAUGUUCAGUGUGAAGAAGACCACCAUACAGCCAUUCAGAAGGCCAGCAUGUCCUCAUCCUCAGCACUACAGCAGGGGUCUGAGGCCAAUAACCGCUCACUGCAAGGCCCUGUAGAUUGGUUUGGAACAAAACAGGACAAUAAAGAACAUUCCAUGCCCUUUAAAGAAUAUCAGGAAGGUCCUCGUGAUAUGCCUCACCUAACAGCAAGUAGACAAAGUGAAAUUACCAUCAAUUCACAAGACAGACCUUCAAGUUCCCGCCCAGUGAGUUCCAGGAAGUCCAAGAAUGCUACCUACACUGCAAAAUCCAGAUAUUUGGGAACUUUGAAGGUUUUAGACCAGAAGACAUCUUUCGAAGAGAUCCAGCAAAAUGCUGUUGAUUCCCUGAGGGCAGCUGCCUACCAGGACUGGCUAAGGAAGAAACAGGAGAAACUACAAGAAACCCUGAGGGUGAAGAAACAAGAAGAAGAACUGAAACAAGACAAAAAGACAGAGGAUGAGACCAGCAAAAAAGUGGAAGCAGAAGCCUCAUACCUGGCCUGGAAAGAAAAGAAACAGUUGACCGUGAGGAGUAAGCUGAGAGAAAAGCAGGAGACACGGAGAAAACAGCAACAAGAAGCUGCCGAGAAAGAAGAGAAGCAGGAGACCGCAAAAAAGGUUUUUGAGAAAUGGAAACAGGAACACGACACUCUUCUGCGGGAGCAGAUCAGAAGGCAAGUGCAGGUGGAAACAAGGCUGCAGGAGAAAAACGAGAAGGAGCAAGAGGAGAGGAAAAAAGAAUGCAGCUCCUCCUUUAGCCAGUGGAGUGAAAGGAAAAAGGAAGCCAUACAAGAGAAGGCGAGGGCAGAGCGCAGGAAGCAGGUGGAGAAGGAGAUGGAGGAGAAAUAUGAGAAGGAAGAGCGAGAGAUGGCAGCCUUGGAAACGUACGAAAAAUGGCUGAGGAGAAAAGAGUUUCUACAGAAGCGAGAGAAACAAGAAAAAAAGAUCAGGGCCAUAGUUGAGGAGGAGACCCCUCCCCCAUGGAGCCCCCCCGGCAGAACCAUUCCUUUUGGUAAAUAAGCACCAUCUAAUUGACAUUGCCACCAUAUCUACAUAAUGACUGAUGCUUCAGGCUGAUAUGAAAUCACUCAACAGCAGGAGUCUGUCUGCCAGUCCAGUCGAAUUAUGGGACAAAUUUGUGGUAUCAUGGUUACACAUCUCGGCUGUUUUGCGGUAUAAUGCAACAUGCUCAUCUGUGAUGUUUUUAAUUAAAAGUCCUUAAAACAUCAGUCAGUCUGAAGUUCCUUAUCAUUACCAUGUAUAUUAAAUCACAGGUCCUCACUGUAAAUAAUCCCCAUUCAAUACUAUUUAUAAAAUGCUAAGUCACACUCCACAGAAAACAUUGGUUGUCUAGGAUGUGGCAUGAACUAUGCUGUCCGCUGAUUUAUUUUUGAUUGGUUAAUAUCCAUUUCCUUUAAUCAGUACAUCACUACUGUGAUCUGAAACAAAAAUGUACUACUCAUUACUUUUCCUUCACAUGCAUCGGUUUGUCUCUGGUUAGCUUCCCAGUCGGUCACACUGUAUGAAUGGAAUAAACUAAAUGCUGGUUGGCUGUAAAUCUGAAGUUCUUCGAUUCAAUGAAAUUAACAUUUUACGCAGUGGGGAAUGAGACCAGCCGUAGCUGGAGUUACAUCAGUGUUUCCUUUAAUAAACAAAUAUGCACCUCAUUUGUUCAAAAUGUUAAAACCUUUGUUAAAUUGCAACCGGCUAAAUGACAAAAACAUUUACAUUUACAUUUACGGUAUUUGGCAGAUGCUC